CUGUUAGACGUGUGAUCAAGAUGAUGACGACGUGGAGAUUGCUGUGGAUAACGCAGCCUUUAUGGAUGAGUUCUUCUGUCAGAUUGAGGACAUCAGGAACAGUAUCGAUAAAAUUGAUAACAACGUGGCUGAGGUCAAAAAGCUUUACUCGGUCAUCUUGUCUGCCCCCACAUCAGAUCAAAAAACACAGGAUGACUUGGAGGCAAUCACCAAUGACAUAAAGAAGAUGGCAAACAAUGCAAGAAACAAACUCAAGACCAUCGAGAGAAAUCUGGAGUCAGAAGAGCAGGAGAGGGUGUCGGCUGACAUGCGGAUACGUAAAUCACAGCAUGCAGUGCUGUCCAGGAAGUUUGUGGAGGUAAUGACAAAGUAUAAUGAAGCCCAGGUGGACUUCAGGGAGAGGAGUAAAGGACGUAUUCAGAGACAGCUAGAGAUCACUGGAAAAGCAACAACAGACGAUGAACUGGAGGAGAUGCUGGAAAGCGGCAAUGCUGCUGUGUUUACUGCAGGGAUCGUGGACUCUGGGAUCUCUAAACAAGCCCUGAGUGAGAUUGAAGCCAGGCACAAAGACAUCGUCCGUCUGGAAAGUAGCAUCAAGGAGCUGCACGAUAUGUUUGUAGACAUCGCCAUGCUGGUGGAGAGCCAGGGUGACAUAGUAAACAAUAUAGAGCAGAAUGUAUCCAAGUCAGUGGACCACAUAACAGUGGCUAAGGAACAGACCAAAAAAGCUGUAAGGUACCAGACCAAAGCACGAAAGAAAAUGGUGAUAAUAGUGGUGGUUGUGCUGGUCUUGCUGGCCAUACUAGCUCUCAUAAUCGGGUUGUCAGUGGGAUUGAAGCGAAGCUGAUGAAAUAUUUGAAUAAGAGAAGAGCUAAGGAAGAUGAUCAUAAUUGGUGCGGUCUGUGCUGUGGUUGUUGUCAUCCUCCUCAUCAUCAUCCUCACCCAGACACUAUAGCAGGACCGCCGUGUGGUCAGUUUAUUCAUCAUCCACUCCAUCCUAUCCUCCAUCUGCUGCUCUGCCAAAGGAAAAACUGAUAGCGAUCACUCCAUAUGGAUAUAAUAUUUAACCUGCAGAUGUACACCUCAUCAUUUAAAAAAAAAUAAAUAACUGAAAGACAAGUGCUACAUGUGACCUCUGGGGGGAAAAAGAAGACCUACAAGACAUGGGAUAAUUCUAAAAACGCUUUGACCUUUUAUCCAAUGAGAACGGUCCGUCCUGUCCGGUGAGUGUCUGUUUGACUCUCUCCAGUGGUUUUGACAGUUUGAGGAUGCUCUGCUGCAAAUGAGGAAAUGAGACUGAAGCUGACACGACGUAUAAUACCUGUUGUAUCGCUGCGAAAGGGGAAAGGGAAUAGAAAAAUAACCGAUCAAAGCGUCACUCCAGUUCACUAAACAUUUCAUUGUUCAACAUCCGAUGCCAAAGAAUCAACCUGGAAGUGUUUGUCAUCUGAUAUGUAUUUUCCAGGAAGUCCUUGUGAAGCUUUAUAGAAGCACAUCACCCCCCACGUAUCUUUAGUUUUUGCCUUUGAGCCAUGACACAUUUUGUGAUUGAAAAGCUAGCUACUGUAUGCUCACUGUAGUGGGGUUCUGUUGGUUUUGGGGAGUUCCAGUACUUUCACAUUUCACAGUACGUCUCUGUAAUUAAGCUCAGAUGAUCAUGUAAUAGAUAUUUUAAUUUUACUAUUUACUAUUUUGUGUGUUUUCUAUCUAGCCCUGAAUAUGGCUCAGUUCUUAAACCUGAAGAGGAUCAGUGUGCUCACCUAUGAUUCUUCAGUUUAGAGAGCCCAGUGGUUCGGAUUGAUUUUAAAUGUGAAGGAUGGUGCUCAUGGAAACGCAUUUCAUGGACCUUAGAUAAGCAAAGAAGACAGGCUAUGGGGAUAAACAUGCGUUCCGUGCUUGAUGAUUUAUGUAAACACUGCAACUGGGAGAAAUGCAUGAGAAUGUUUGUUUUGUACCUUUACUAACCUGUUAAAAUGUUUACCAUCUUGACCUUUUACAUCUAUAGACAUGAUUGUCUCCCUUGUUAAAAUGCUGUAAAAGCAUAACGUUUUAAUGCCAAAGGGUUUGAAAAGACACUGGUAGUAGCAUUUUUAUUUAUUUACUUUUUGGUGACGUGUAGAAGUCACACAUAUAGGAUGUAGGAGGUGAAAAUGGACUCUAACACACAAUAAGGUUUUCCCGACUGGUGGCUCUCCUGGCAUAUUUUGGGUCACAAUAUUUCUAUUGUAAACAUUCAACUUGGUUGCCAAUUUAUUAGGUACAGCUAUCUGCAGCCCUGUAAUACGUCCUCUGUUCAUGAAGGUUAGCUUUUGCGUAAACAGCUUAAGAGAUAUGCUGGGUAAACUUAAUGGGGACAGUAGUUUGUGGUGCUUUUGAAUUGUAUCAUAACUGUAUUGCAUUAUACUUAAGAGGUGUGUCUAAUAUUUAGUCUAGCCUCGUUGAUGUAAACUGGGUGAAGAAAAUAUUAGAAACACCUGUCAGUACAAGAGUUUAGAGUUCAGCAGCACUGUUAAGUACAACCUCCAAAAAGCUCUUGAAGUCAAAAACACGCAUCUGAAACAGUUCCAACUAAAACUGAACACAAUAACCUUCAUGUUUUUUAUAGUCUUCGUACUAAAACCAAAUGAAGUUAGGAGUUACUGUAGGGCUGUUGUGUUAGUCUAAAUUCAUUUUAACUAGCUGUACCUAAUAUAUGGGCAACUUAAGUUUACUUCUGAUAGGUCACCAUCAUUUCAUUUGGCCUUUUCUUCUUGGUAGAGUGAAAGCGUUAAACGGGCAAGUGUAUUGAACUUCGGUGCACAAGUUGUCACCCAGUGGCUUUAAUGUGACAAUUAAAGCAGGUGAUUCCAGCUGUGAAUACAAGGAUAAUCAAUAAUAAACAGCGAUUGACCACAUCUAGGUGUUUUCUAGUGUCAAGAAAUAAUUGUCAUUUGCAUUAUUAUAUGGGCCACCAUUACUCUGUUCGACCAGAUUGUUAAUGGUGCCUUUCAUUCUGGUUUUGCGGGGAGCACUUGAAAGUGAGAGGCCCAAACAGGCGGUCUGCCCUUUUGGCUUCUGUCCACCAAAUGUUCAAUCCCAAUGCUUCCAUUCAAUCCUUUUUCUUUAUGCCACUAACGGAUGCAUCAACACGGACUGCAAUAACUGAAGCUGUUGUACCCGGUCUUAAAUUAAGGUUCCAGUGAUUUUAAUGGAAAUUAAAGAUUUUAUGUUUUUUAA